AUUUUGGAUUUCUAAGUUUUAACAUCUAUUUUGCAGGCACGUCUCAAGUCACUUGGGGAAACCUGGGAACCUACUGAUGUUGGGUCACCUAGCUCAUGCUUUAAAUGUGGUGGCAAUGGGCAUUUUGCACGUGAAUGCCCAAAUUCUUCUAAGCUCAUGCUUUAAAUGUGGUGGUGAAGGGCAUUUUGCACGUGAAUGCCCAAAUUCUUCCAAGCCUGGUAAGAGGAGGCGUGGUAAAGAAACUAUAAGCUACUUGGGUUUCAUGUCUGCACCCAAUGUCAGUGACAAGGGUUUUUUAAAAAAGAAAAAAGUAUAUGAUGGAGAUAGAGAGUUCAGAACACCACAGAAAGAAAAACAGAGAGGUGGCUGGAUUACAGAGCAUCCUGGAGAUUACUCUGAAAGGAAGUCUAGAAAAAAACCUUGGAAUUCUCCCUCAACUCCAUCAAGUAAGGGCCAUCAAAUUUCUGCUUUAACAGCUGGUGGUCAUUUCUCUGGUUCUCAAUCAUCUAAAAUGCAGACUCAUAGAUUUUCAGCACCAAGGUUUAACAAUAAUUUAAGCGAUGGGAGAAUGAAUAAUUAUCAUUGGUGGUAGGGUUGGCACUAUGAAUGGGCAGCGAGGCUGUUUUAAGAGGCACAACAGCAGAAGUUCUUACUUGACAAUUUCUCUUGCAGAUUUACUUGCAACUUUGUAUAUGAUUAUAUGUAGAGAAUGCUGUAGUGCAACCAGUGCACGGUGGACCGCACUUCAUUUUUCUGAUAUUUGUAAAAUCUCUACAUCAUUUCUUUUGUUUCUUUGGCCAGCAAUCUCAGAUAGUAGUUCAAGUCACUAAUUGAUUCAGUUAUUUUUUAUUUCUUCCUUGGUAUUGAAGGUAUGUGGAAGGUUGGUAAAAUGUAAGUUCUUGUUGGAAGUCCUUAAAACUUUCUUAACAUUGGGGCAAGGCAUUUCUUAAUAAAAAAAAUCAAAUACUAGCUCUACAAUGUUUAUGUACAACAUGAGACAUGACGGAAUCCGUGUGUGAUUUUUUUUUUUUAAUAUCACACAGGACAUUUUAUGUAUUUUUUUUAUUUAAUAUUGUAUAAUAUUGUGUAAUAUGUAAUAUGAUAAAGGCUUUAUAUUUGU